AUGCAGUCAACGGCCGGCUACUCUACAAAUCUUUUACCCCCCGCCUUCAUUGGUCCAUUCCCGUCUCCCUCCCCCACCAACAGAGUGUCACUGGAUGCACAGGGAGAUCGCAUUGGCACGUCGUUUGAAAUAGUCAAUGCAGUCAACGGCCGCCUGCGCUCCAUUGGUUACUGGACCACAGAAAACGGCCUCUCGUCUUCUCUUGAGCCCACAUCGACGAGCAAGGAUUCGGGCCAAUCAGUCCUGGCAGGUGUCAUAUGGCCGGGCGGGGUCUCCUUUCUGCCGCGUGGCUGGUUCCCACGAGCACACACGCCCUUGAAGAUCGCCGUGCCAUACAAGCAGGACUUCACGCAGUUCGUGCAGAUAGCCACCAACGACACCAUCACCGGCUUCUGUGUGGAGGUCUUUCGGGCCGCAGUGGGGCUGCUGCCAUACACGCUGGACUUCGAGUUUGUGCCCUUUGGCGUGGGGAACCUGUCUUUAAGUUACACCGACAUGCUUAGACUGGUUGCCAACAAGACAUUCGAUGGGGCAGUGGGGGACAUCACGAUCACACAGGAGCGCCAAAAGCUCGUGCAGUUCACACAGCCAGUGCAGUCUGCCAGCCUGUCAAUGGCGGUGGCCCAGGAGCCGACAAGCACGGGGGCGUGGUCGUUCCUGUCGCCCUUCUCGCUCACCAUGUGGCUGGUGAUCCUCGCAUCCACCGCCUUCACCGUCGUCACCGUGUGGUUCCUCGAGAAGAAUCAGAACGAGGACUUCUAUGCCCACGGGAAGCUCUCCAGCCAGAUCAUUGAUAGUGUCUGGUACGCUCUCACAACGAUCGUCUUUGCUCAAGACAAGCCCAUUCAGACCACCAUGGGGAGAUUAGCCAUGAUGUGCUGGCUCUUCCUCGUGCUCAUUGUCACUGCCAGUUACACCGCCUCCCUCUCCUCCAUCCUCACCGUUCAGAACCUUGCUGCAACCCCUGAUAGCCUUUCCGUGGCAAUUUCUCUGAAGCUUCCUCUUGGUUACCACGAAGGUUCUUUCACCUACAAUUACCUCCUGGCCAUCGGCAUCCCCGCUUCUGUGCUGUUCCCGCUGAAAUCCAUGGCUGAGUUCGCAGACGCCCUGGGGUCGGGCAAGGUGAAGGCUGUGAUUGACGAGGCGCCGUAUUUGGACGUGUUCAACUCGCGCUUCUGCAGCUACACGCGCGUGAAAGAACAGCUCUCCACCUUCAACUGGGGAUUCGCGUUCCACAAGGACAUGCGGGUACCCUAUGACCUAUCCAUUGCCAUUUCAAAGCUGGCGCAGUCGGGGCAGCUGCAGAGCAUGCACGACUUCUGGAUCAAGGGCUCCACCUCCUGCUCCCUCGGGCCCUCCGUGUCCUCUACCAGCCUCGGCCCCGAAAACUUCUGGACACUUUUUGUGAUCUACAGCGCGGUGGCGGUGCUGUGCUGCCUUGUGUACUGCGCCAUGUCGGCUUAUACGGGGUACAGGAUUCUGAGUUAUUGCAAGAAGCUGGAGAAGGAGCUGAAGGAGGAGUUGGAGGGAAGCAAAGCAGGGUCCGCCAGGAAGGGGAAGGCAGAGGGGGAAAUCACCGGGGGCGACAGCAGCAGCAAGGGAGCGAAGGGGGGUGAGGGAGGCGGGGUGUGGGGCAGCAUUCGUUCCGGGCUGCAGACGAUGAUGGAGAUCAACUUCUUUCAUGCUCUCCUCGUGGGGCUGGGGUGGAAGGACCCCCCUGACGUGCACUCCGCUCUGGUCACCAACCAGCUGCAGCACAUUGACUUUGAUAACUACGGUGCUGGGGGUGGUUUUGGUGGUGGUGGUGCUGCUGGUGGUGGUUUCGGUGCUGCUGCUGCUGGUGGGUUUGAUGCUGCUGGUGGGUUUGAUGCUGCUGGUGGGUUAGGCGGUGGUGCUGGGGAGGAAGGGGAGAGAGGGGGUGUGUUUGCCCGAGUUGGUAGCAUGGGUGGGAGGAGUUUCAAGAACACUGAAGGCACCACCACCAGCAGCACAAGUCGACUUGUGAUGCGUCUCAGAAGUUUUGGACAAGACGAAGGGGAGAGAGGGGAGAGAGCCGGAGGAGCAUUCGACCGACUUGGAAGCAUGGGUGGGAGGAGCUUCAGCAAUGCGGACCGACCGACCAGCAGCAGCAGCGGCAAUCGUCCCAAGUCAAGCAAGUCACUCAAGAGGCGGUUUUCCAGGGGAGCCGCCGCUUCUCGGGCAGACUCGUUCAAGAACAAUGAUUUCCGGGCAGGCUCGUUCUGCGCCGCGGCACGUGUCUUCAACGUGAAUGUCGGCAUUCUGGGGCACAUCGACAGCGGCAAGACGAGCCUGGCCAGGGCGCUCAGCACGCUGCUCAGCACAGCCGCGUUGGACAAACACCCGCAGAGCGCGGAGAGGGGAAUCACCCUCGACCUCGGGUUCUCCGCCUUCCAGGUGGACGUACCCGGUUCUCUAGCACAUCAGCUUCCAUACGACAAGAUUCAGUUCACGCUCGUCGACUGCCCCGGCCAUGCCUCCCUUAUCCGCACCAUCAUUGGAGGAGCACAGAUCAUAGACAUGAUGCUGCUUGUGGUUGACGUCACCAAGGGCAUUCAGACGCAGACAGCAGAGUGUUUGGUAGUGGGUGAGGUUUCCCCAACCAAGGAGAUGGUCGUGGUGCUCAACAAAACGGACCUUUUACCUGCUGCCACGAAGCAAGCACAAAUCGAUAAGAUGAGGAAGCGGCUACGAGCCACGUUGAAAGGCACCAAGUUUGCUGACGCUGCCAUGGUUGCAACAGCAGCAGCAGCCAUGCCAUCAGCAGCACCAGAAAAGGCAGUAGCAGCACAACCAGCAGCAGCUGCAGAGGGCAUAGCUGACAUCAUUAAUGAGCUCAUGGCGCGGGUACCUUCCAUAUCUCGGUCAUCAGAGGGACCUUUCCUCUUCGCCAUCGAUCACUGCUUUCCAAUAAAAGGCCAGGGCACAGUGAUGACAGGGACAGUGCUGAGAGGCCACGUGGCAGUGAAUGAUUCGCUGGAGCUUCCUCUGCUGAAGCUGCAGAAAAAGGUCAAGAGCAUGCAGAUGUUUCACAGACCAGUCACUCGUGCAUCCCAGGGCGACCGAGUGGGUCUGUGUGUCACCCAGCUCGACCCGAAGCUCAUCGAGCGAGGAAUUGCAGCUGCACCGGGUUCAGUCCCUAUGCUCUCUGCUGCAAUCGCAGCCGUCCAUCCCAUCCGAUUCUUCAAAGGCGCCCUCACCUCAAACUCUAAAUUUCAUGUAACGGUGGGUCACUCCACAGUGAUGACAACAGUAACCUUCUUCGCUCAUCCCUCUCCACAUUCUUCUACAACUCUCACACCAGGCUCAUCUUUCGAUUUCUCUCUUGAUUACCCCCACUUGGAAAACCUACAAGACAGUGACACACUCUCAGCACUGUCAGGCGCCGGGCAACAACGAAGCACUGAACCAUCACCAGGCCAGCAGCAACACCGGGAGAACGAAUCUGAGGCCCCAUCGCUCCAACACUUCGCUCUCUUAGUGUUUGAAUCCGAGAUCGCCUGUCCAAGUGACGCUUUGCUCAUAGCAUCUCGCCUCGACUCCGAUAUUCACACCAACACAUGCCGCAUGGCCUUCCAUGGCCGUAUCCUCGCACCCAUUGAUUCAGCCACCAUGCACUCAGGCUCCCAGCCUCUGCGUGUAUACAAGCUGAAGAGCAGGGAAGGAGUGAUCGACCGCGUGGUUGACUCUCAUUCCCUCAUCGGCCGAGGGCUCUUCAAAAAAGAAACAGACAUCUCCAAAUUUGUGGGGCUUCGAGUCUCCACAGUGGAAGGAGCACAAGGAACAAUUCAGUCCCCGUUUGGCAAGUCAGGCAAAUUUAAGGUGAUGUUCCUCUCCGCAUUACCCAAGGAGGCCACAGCUGGUGCGCCGCUGCAUCUUGUUUUCAAGCGGCUGCUGUUUGAUAAGACAAAGCAAAUGCUACAGUAG